AGUUUUAAAAAAUUUGGAAGUCAUUUUUAAAAUUCAUUUAUAGGUGUAAUUUUUCAUUUUUCAUUAUCAUUUUGACCAUAAGUAUAUAAACCAUUUUGUUUACAUCCUAAUGUAUUUUUACCCUCAGUGGACACAUUUUAGAUUUGUUGUGACAUGUGUAAGAUUUUAUUCAAAAAAUAAAUCAAGUUCUAACCUUUUGAACGUUUUAAAAACAAUGCCGAAAGAACCAAGGCACGUUAUCGCUGCACAAAAACAGAGAAUAAAAAUUAAACAGAAAAGCUCAAAAUAUGUUCCGGGAAAAGUGCACCUUCAAAUAUUAGGAACUGGUGCAAAAGGGGCACCUGGUGCAGUAUAUUUAUUUUCAGAUCAGAGUCGCUAUUUAUUUAAUUGUGGAGAAGGCACUCAAAGACUUGCCCAUGAACAUAAAAUGAAAUUAUGCAAAUUAGAACAAAUAUUUGUAACUCAAACUGUGUGGAAAAAUAUCGGAGGACUGCCAGGAACAGCACUAACAAUACAAGAUGUUGGAGUUCCUCAAAUUACAUUACAUGGACCUCCAGGAUUAAAUGAAAUAUUCUUGGCUGCUCAAAGAUUCGUUGUAUUAAAAAAUUUAAAAAUUAAAAUUGCAGACUGCUCUAAAGAUCCUUUUUUUGAAGAUAAUGUAAUGAAAGUGAAAUAUGUUAGCUUAUCAAUAAAUGAAACUGAUAAUGAUAAAGAUAUUCAAGCAACUGUAGAUCAGGCAGAAGCUGCAACAUCCACAAGAAAUGAAAGAAAAUCUAGAAAAAGAUCAUUAUCUGCUAUAAGCAACAAUGAAGUAUUUGAAGAUAACACAGAUUACUUUGCUCAUGAACGUAAGAAAUCUAAAAGAAGUAGAAGUAGGAAAAGAUCUCGAUCCUUAUCCCAACCACCUGGUUCUGGUACAUCAGCUAAUAAUAGUGUGCAGUUUGAUAAAAAUACUCUGAAAGAAGUUACAGAUAAUAAGACCUCUGUAUGUUAUAUAUGUUGUUUGCAACCAAGACCAGGGAGUUUGAAUCUAGAAAAGUGCGUUUUGAAAGGUGUACCACCGGGACCGUUAUUGGGCAGAUUAAAGAAUAGGGAAGAUGUUACUUUGGAAAAUGGUGAUACAGUGAAAUCAAGUGACGUUUGUCACCCUGAUGAUCCUGGUCCUGUAUUUUUAGUUGUCGACUGUCCAUCUGAAAAGUAUUUAGAAUGUUUAAUAACCAAUACAGAAAUUAGAAAACAUCAGAAAUUUGCAGAAAAGGACACAGAUGUAGCAUGUUUAGUAGUACAUUUUACACCAAGUGAAGUAACAAGACUACCUCAGUAUCAAAAGUGGAUCGAAGAUUUUAUCCCUAGUACUCAUCAUAUUUUUAUUAAUGAAGAUAAUACAUGCAUGGGUAGCAUAGCGGUGCAUAGAAUUCAACAUAAGUUAAAUUUACUUUCACCCAAUUUUUUUCCUUUGCUGAAUAACCAUGAGUCUUCCCAUAUUGAGAAUUUACAACAUAUUUCAAAUAAAAAACUGAAAUGUGAUUCAGUUAAUGAAGACAAUAUAAACAGGGUUUCUAAUGAUAAUAUGGUUGAUAACAAUAGCAGUAGACAUUCCAUUAGAAAAUUUGGCGCUUUAUACAGUUUUCACUUAAGGCCUAAAAAAGGCCCUGAAGAUACUUCUGAAAUAAAAUUAGAUCCAGAAGAGUAUGUCAGAGAAACAAUGACAGAAGAAUUUGUGGUUGUUCAUAAUGAAUUAAAGCAAAAACUUACUGACGCCGCAAGAAGCUUAACUAUCAAGGGUUAUCCUAAAGUAUUAUUUUUAGGUACAGGGUCUUGUAUACCUAAUAAAACAAGAAAUACCAGCGGAAUCCUAUUACAUACAAGUGAAGGCUGUAAUGUAGUUUUGGAUUGUGGUGAAGGCACUUAUGGUCAAAUACUGAGAUUUUAUGGUCCAAAUGAUAGCGAAACAGUUUUAUCAAAUAUAAAAGCAAUUUACAUUUCUCAUUUACAUGCCGAUCAUCAUAUAGGACUUAUAGGAUUAUUACAGGGACGAAGAAGAGCACUGAACAAAUUAAAUAUGGUCAAAGACCCUGUAUAUUUAUUUGCGCCAAAACAAAUUUUGGCCUGGCUGAACUUUUAUGACAGAUGCUUCGAAAGUAUAGGGGAGGAAUUUAUACUAGUACCCAAUGGAGAUCUAAUACUAAACCAAGAAUUAUACCCUACUAACGACAAAAUCGAACUUUUGGAGAGAUUGCAACUACAAAAUAUUAAUACUUGCAUUGUAAAACAUUGUCCCAAUGCUUUUGGAGUGGCUGUAGUACACAAAAAUGGUUAUAAAAUAACUUAUUCGGGAGAUACGAUGCCGACUGACGAAUUAAUAAAACUAGGAAUGUUUUCCGAUGUUCUUAUCCACGAGGCAACUAUGGAGGAUGAUUUAGCCAAUGAGGCUGUGGUUAAAACGCAUUCAACAACGUCUCAAGCUAUAGAAGUCGGCAAACUUAUGGAAGCCAAAUAUACCAUAUUAACGCAUUUUAGUCAAAGAUAUGCUAAAUUGCCCAGGUUUAAUGAGAAUUUCUCAGAAAACGUUGGUAUAGCUUUUGACAAUAUGUUGAUAAAAGUUGACGAGUUACCGCUGCUACCUUUAUUGUAUCCAGCAUUGAGAAUAAUGUUUGCAGAACAUUAUGAGGAGAUGGAACACAAGGCUAUUAAGAGACAAUUAAAAUCAGAAAAGUUAAGCGCUCUGAUUUCUAACGAUGUUAAUAUGAGCUAAUAUUUAAACAUUUGUUAUAGUUAAUUUUGUAAUAAAUAAUAAAAUAUCUUGUUACA